AUGGGGUCUGAAGGAUCAAGCGUUGUCGUUCCGAGGAAUUUCAGAUUGCUGGAAGAGCUCGAGAGGGGUGAAAAGGGAAUUGGGGAUGGCACUGUUAGCUAUGGGAUGGAUGAUGCCGAUGAUAUAUAUAUGCAGUCAUGGACGGGGACAAUCAUUGGCCCCCCCAAUACUGUGCAUGAAGGGAGAAUUUGCCAGUUGAAACUGUUCUGUGGAAAGGAUUAUCCGGAUAAUCCACCAACUGUUAGGUUCCAAACAAGGAUUAACAUGACAUGUGUCAAUCAGGAAACUGGAGUGGUUGAACCCAGUCUUUUCCCCAUGCUUGCAAAUUGGCAAAGGGAAUAUACAAUGGAGGACAUAUUGACACAAUUGAAGAAAGAGAUGAUGUCACCACAAAACCGAAAGCUCGCUCAGCCACCUGAAGGCAAUGAAGAUGGAAGGGGUGAUCAAAAGGGGCUUGUGGUGAAAUGUUGCAUUUUCUAA